GUGUGUGUGUGUGUGUGUGUGUGAGUGACCUAAGUCUAAUUGUGUUCAAGUGUGAAUAUGUGUUUUGGGCCUUUUGGUCUCUGUACUUGUCUGUUAUGUGCCUCUGUUCCUCUGGGAAAAGCUCUGUGAACUGUCUGUAGGUUCUUUAAGUGUUGGGGGCCAGGAUCUCUUCCAUUCCCGCAGGGAACUGGGCUGCUGCCCCUCCGGGCUUCUAGGUCUAGUCCUUGAGCUCCAAGGUGUAUGGAUCUAUGGGGUUUUACUGAAGCUGACUUGGGUUAAGCUUAGAAUCUGAGUCUCCAUCAUCAAGAAGGGAGAAACCCAGGGACCAGACCUCCCCAAUCUCUAGACUGCCAGGGAUCUGGCUGACAUGCUACAGUAUUACUUCUUAUUCCCACAGAUACUGAAGAAGUUGUUGCUGGAGCCAUCAGGCCCUGGCCAGGACAUGAGGGAGGAGCCACGGUUAUGGCCUCUGCCCUCAGGCCUCACCGGGCUCCUGCUCCUCUUCCUUUGCAGUAGAGCAUUAAGCAAUGAAAUCCUGGGGCUGAAACUUCCCGGGGAGCCUCCACUCACUCCCAACACCGUGUGCCUAACGCUUCCUGGUCUCAGUAAGCGUCAAUUCGGCCUGUGCCUGCGCAGCCCCGACGUGACGGCGUCUGCGCUACAGGGUCUGCACAUUGCGGUCCACGAGUGCCAGCACCAGCUACGGGAUCAGCGCUGGAAUUGUUCGUCCCUGGAGGCCAGCGGCCGGCUACCACAUCACAGUGCCAUCCUGAAGCGGGGUUUCCGAGAGACUGCCUUCUCUUUCUCCAUGCUAGCUGCUGGGGUCAUGCACUCAGUGGCCACCGCUUGCAGCCUUGGUAAACUGGUGAGUUGUGGUUGUGGCUGGAAAGGCAGUGGAGAACAGGACCGGCUGAGAGCCAAACUAUUACAGCUACAGACACUGUCCCGUGGCAAAAGCUUUCCCAACUCUCCAGUUGGCCUUGGACCCAAUUCAGGCACCAUCCCUGGUCCCCAGGAUACAUGGGAAUGGGGUGGCUGCAACCAUGACCUGGACUUUGGGGAAAAAUUCUCUCGGGAUUUCCUGGAUUUGAGAGAGGCUCCACGAGACAUCCAGGCACGAAUGAGGAUCCACAACAAUCGGGUGGGGAGACAGGUGGUGACUGAGAAUCUGAAACAGAAAUGUAAGUGCCAUGGCACAUCAGGCAGCUGCCAGUUCAAGACCUGUUGGAGAGCAGCACCAGAGUUCCGGGUGGUUGGGGCAGCACUUAGGGAACGAUUAAACCGGGCAGUCUUCAUCAACGCCCACAACCGCAACUCAGGUGCCUUCCAGCCCCGGCUUCGCCCUCGACGUCUCUCGGGUGAACUCGUCUACUUUGAGAAAUCUCCUGACUUUUGUGAUUGGGAGCCAGCCCUGGGAUCACCAGGCACCCAAGGACGUGUCUGCAACAAGACUAGCCGCCUCCUGGAUGGUUGUGGGAGUUUGUGCUGUGGGCGAGGGCAUAAUGUUCUCCGUCAGACCCGUGUUGAGCGAUGCCACUGCCGUUUCCAUUGGUGCUGUUAUGUUCUCUGUGAUGAAUGCCGGGUCACUGAGUGGGUAAAUGUCUGCAAAUGA